CAAAGCUCACAUGUUUUCAAACGCAUCGUAAACAUCUCGCAGCCGGGACACCACGUUUUUGGGGGUAAAGUUUUGUGUUAAAUUGUUUGCUAUUUAUUCACGAUGCCGAAAUCAAAGCGAGAUAAGAAAGUGUCCCUAACAAAGACCGACCGGAAAGGUCUGUCCAACAAACAACAGAUCAUCGAGGACAUACAGCAAUGCCGGGAGAAGUACGACAACAUAUUCCUGUUCUCGGUGCAAAACAUGCGCAACAGCAAGCUGAAGGAUGUGCGGGCAGAGUGGAAAAACUCGCGCUUCUUCUUCGGCAAGAAUCGGGUGAUGCAGCUGGGCCUGAAGCUGAUCAGCGACGAUGAGAACAGUGAGCCGACCAAGCUGGAGCAGGGUAUGGAGCAGCUGCGCGAACAGAUGAUCGGCCAGUGCGGGCUGCUGUUCACGUCGGAAAGCAAGAAGACGGUGCUGGAGUGGUUCGACACGUAUCAGGCGGAAGAGUUCGCCCGCGGUGGGUUCCGGGCGACCAAAACGGUCAAGCUGAAGCCGGGCCCGCUGGAGGAAUUCUCGCACGCGAUAGAGCCUCACCUACGGUCGCUGGGCAUGCCGACAAAGCUGGACCGUGGUAUCGUGACGCUGUACAAAGAGUUCACCGUGUGCGAGAAGGGCAAGGUGUUGACGCCGGAGCAGGCCCGCAUCUUGAAGCUGCUCAACAAACCGAUGGCAACGUUUAAGCUGAUCAUUAACUGUUGCUACACGAAGAAGGACGGGUUUGAGGAGAUCACCAAGCGGGAAAUUGCGGCGACGAAGAAGACGAGCAAGACGGCGAAACAGCCGAUCAAGCCGGCCACGGUGGCCAAGAAGGGCAAGAAAACGGAUGAUGCGAUGAGUGAGGAUGAGGAGGAGGAGGAGGACGAUGAUGACGACGAUGAGGAUGAUGAGGAUGAUGAUGAUGAAGCGAUGGAACAGGAUGAUUCCGGAGAUGAUGAUGAGUAAAUAUACAUAAAUAAGGCCGUACAAAUAAAGUAAAUUGUUGAAUAAUUUACAAACAACUAA